CGAGAUGGGAGAUUUCAAAUUGUACAUUCGGUUUAACAUGGACGACUCAGAAGUUCAAAAUGUUUGACAUAUAACUUCGUUAACUUGAUAAAUUUCAUUGAAUUAUUCGAAAUAUUCAUUAUUUUCCGAUUAAUACCAACAGUUAACAAAGAUCACAAUGUCUAAAGCAACUAAACGUAAACAUGUUGUUAAAGAAGUGGAGGAUUUUAGUAUUCCUACAGAGACCCAGUCAAUUGUACGAAUACUCGAAUCCCGUGGUAACAAUCUUCACGAAGUUGAGGAUUCCACCGGGGAUCAGUAUCUUGUCUCAAUGCCAACAAAGUUUAGAAGAAACAUUUGGGUCAAAAGAGGUGAUUUCGUACUGGUGGAACCAAUACUGGAAGGGGACAAAGUGAAGGCAGAAAUAGUCAAAAUAUUAACUCGAGAGCAUCAGAAAUGGUACCGAUCUCAGGGUUGUUGGCCGAAGGAAUUCGAUGAAUCUUCGAAAUCACAUCGAGAGACUGUGAACAAAGAUAACCAAAGCGAGAGCGAAGAAGAUGACCUUUUUGUAAAUACGAAUAGACUGCAACAUAAUUCCAAUGAAAUCGACAAUAACGAUUCGAGUUCCGAUGAGUCUGAUUCUAGUUAACGUCCGUUGUAAUACCAUCCGCAGUAACGCCGUGUUGUAAAUAUGUAAUGUUAUGUAA